GUUUGGUCUACUCGUUGAGCUCGUUCAUUGUAAACUUCAUUUUCCUAUUUUCUCUCUUUUUCUCCCUCUUACCCCGCUUCUACAAAUUAGAGAGUAGGGCUUCUCCCAUUCGCCGCGCUCGUAACCACCGCUGCGCUCUAUUUUACGCCCCCGGAGGUUACUCUCUUAACCUACUCCCCCCUUUCAAUUCAAACCCUAAUUCACAUCACACUAACCCUAAUUGUAAAAAAAGAACAAUCAGAGAUCGAUCGAACCUCGAUCGGUCAAAUUUGAAGCAUUGAUUUCGGUCAUCAUUGUUGGAGAUAGGGUUAGCCUUUUUUGAUUCGAUCAUCCACAAAUCAGAUCACGAGGAGAAGUAAUAAUAAGGGUUAGGGUUUUCAUGCUUUGGCGAUUCACACUUGCGGUGCGACUGCGAUGGCAAAUUCCGGCACCAAGUAUGUGUCUGUGAAUCUCAACAAGUCGUAUGGACAAAACUCCGCCGCUAUUGGAUCCACCCGAACGGCGGCACGGCCCGCUGGUACGGGUGGGGGCAUGGCGCUCCUUUCGAGGCCUCGAAGCUCGCAGAAGGUGGGGGCGAAGCUUUCUGUUCCACCCCCCUUGAACCUUCCUUCAUUGCGGAAGGAACAUGAACGGUUUGAUUCUCUUGGAUCGGGAGGAGGUCAAGCCGGGGGAGCUGGUUCAGGAAACGGUUCGAGACCUUCUUCUUCAGGGAUGGGUUGGACGAAGCCCGCUGCUGUGGUUUUGCAAGAGAAAGAGCAGAUUUUUCAGGAGGAUGUGCCGCGGUCUGUUGCCAAGGCGGUUGGACCAGUUGCUCCUCCGUCUGUUUCCUCAGCGGUGUUGAGAGGAGAGGAUUUUCCUUCUUUACGUGCUACGUUGGUGCCUCCUGCACCUGGGCCUAGCCAGAAUCAGAAGAUCCAAGAGAAUUUGAAUCAAAAGCCUAAGAAUUAUGCUAAUGAGAAUGUAUCUGUUGAGCAGAAGAGUAAGGAGGUGGACGCAGAUGCUAAUGGUAGUGCUAAUGCUUUUUCGCAUGUUAAUGUGAACGCCCGAUACAAUGUUCAUGGCACUGGGAAUUUUCCAGUUGAGAAUGGUCGCGAGAAUAGAGGUUUUAUUGGCUCCCGAGGGCCGAAUCAAAACAGAGGUGGGAUGAGUCAGGAUGAGUUUUUUCCAGGUCCUUUGCCUCUGGUAAGGUUGAACCCUAGAUUUGAUUGGGCUGAUGAUGAGCGUGAUACUGGUCAUGGUUUCACUGAGCGGAGUAGAGAGGGAAGGGAUCAUGGUUUCUCAAAAAGUGAUGCUUUUUGGGAUUUUGAUAUGCCUCGGAUUGGCAUUGUGCCACAAAAGUAUGGUACUGGUUUUGAUAAGAGGGGACAGCUGCGGGGCAAUGAAGCUGGUAAGGUUUCUUCUAGUGAAGUUCCUAAGAUGGACCCUUAUGAUAGAAUGCCAGGAAGGGAAGGGAAUUCCUCUAGUUCCUCAUCAUGGAGGAGUUCAACUAUUUCGAAAGAUGGGUUUGGUGUGAAAGAUGCUGCUGGGAAUGAUAAGAAUGGUGUUGGUGGGAAUGCAAGGCCUUCCAGUGGAAAUAAAGAUGCAGGGAAGGAUAAUAAGUAUAAUUCGUCCCCUUUUAGAGAGGUUGUUCAUGAUGAUUCUGGAAGGAGGGAUGCAGGGUAUGGUCAAGGUGUGAAACAACCUUGGAAUAAUAUGGCACAAUCUUAUGGUGAACGAAAUGGGAUGCGUGAUCAUCGGCAUGUUGGUGCUGAUCAAUAUAAUAGGAAUAGAGUUGAUUCUUCUCAGAGCUCGGUGUCGAAGUCUUCAUUUUCUUUGGGUGGUAAAGGGCUUUCUGUUAAUGAUCCUUUGCUUAAUUUUGGCAGAGAAAAACGUAAUUUACCAAAGAAUGAAAAGACUUACGGGGAAGAUUUUGGAGCUUCUGCUUUUGAUGGGAAGGAUAUUUUUUCAACAGGUCUUGUCGGGGUGGUGAAGAAGAAGAAGGAUGUACUCAAACAAACUGAUUUCCAUGAUCCUGCUAGAGAAUCUUUUGAGGCUGAGCUUGAAAGGGUUCAGAGACUGCAAGAACAAGAGCGGCAGAGAAUCAUUGAAGAGCAAGAAAGGGCAGUGGAGUUUGCUCGCAGAGAAGAGGAGGAAAGAAUAAGACUUGCUAGAGAACAGGAAGAUAGGCAAAGAAGGUUGGAGGAAGAAGCAAGAGAGGCAGCAUGGAGGGCAGAACAAGAUAGGAUUGAAGCUUUGCAGAAGGCUGAAGAGCAGAGACUAGCAAGGGAAGAAGAGAAACAAAGAUUGCAGUUAGAAGAGGAGAGGAGGAAACAAGCUGCUAAACAAAAGCUUUUAGAACUGGAGCAAAAGAUUGCUAGGCGGCAGGCUGAAGCAGCCAAAGGUUACCAUAAUGCUCCAGUUAUUGUGGACGAGAAAAUGCCUGGAAAUGUGAAUGAAAGAGAUGCAUCCAGGGCUACGGAUGUAGGUGAUUGGGAGGAUAGUGAAAGAAUGGUGGACAGGAUAUUAACUUCGGCAUCUUCUGAUUCAUCAAGUGUGAAUAGACCACUGGAGAUGGGUUCUAGGUCUCAUUUUCCUAGAGAUUUGUCUUCCACCUUCGUUGAUAGAGGCAAACCAGUUAAUUCAUGGAGAAGAGAUGGAUAUGAGAGCUGGAGUAGCCCGGCAUUCUAUUCACAGGAUCAAGAAAAUAGUCACAACAGUCCUCGUAGAGACUCAUCUAUCGGUGGAAAGCCAUUUAUGAGGAAAGAAUAUAAUGGUGGUACUGGAUUAAUGUCUUCAAGGACAUACUAUAAAGGAGGGAUUUCAGAGACUCAUUUAGAUGAAUAUGCUCAUGUUAAAGCCCCAAGGUGGAAUCAACCUGCAGAUGUAGAUCAUGUUGGCAGAAAUACAGAUGUGCAUUCUGAUUUUAAUGAAAAUUUUGUUGAAAGAUUUGAUGGUUGGGCACAGAAUCGUCCCCGUGGCAAUGCAUUUCCUCCAUUCCCUGACCGUCCUUACCAGAACUCUGAAUCAGAUGGACCUUAUGCCUUGGGGAGGUCCCGGUAUUCUGUUAGGCAGCCGCGUGUUCUCCCCCCUCCGCUUGCUUCAGUUCACAGAACUUACAGGAGUGGAAAUGAACACAACGCUCCUUCUGCAUUCCUAGAAAGUGAGAUACCGUAUAAUCAGACAACGAGGAGUGACUCUACAAUGCCAACUGGUUAUGACAAUGGGAAUCAUGGGCAACCUGAAAUAGUCAAACCCCUCCAAGAGGUUGCUGAGAAUGAGGACCAUAAAGUGGAGGCCACACCUAGGUGUGAUUCUCAAUCUUCACUCUCUGUUUCAAGCCCCCCCAGUUCACCAACACAUCUUUCUCACGAUGAUCUAGAUGACUCUGGAGACUCUUCUGCAAUAGUGGCUUCUGAAGAAAACAAAAACGGCCCUGUAUCAGUUCCAGAUAAUGAAUCCAUUGCAACACCUGCGGCAGAUGGUAAAGAGAACGUAGUUACUUCAUGUGCUGUCUCUAGUGGCGAUGAUGAUGAAUGGGCUACUGAGAAUAACGAGCAGCUCCAGGAACAAGAAGAAUAUGAUGAAGAUGGAGAUUACCGGGAAGAAGAGGAAGUGCAUGAAGGAGAUGAUAAUGCUGGCCUCCACCAGAAUUUUGAAAAUAUGCAUUUGCAAGAAAAAGAAUUGCCACACUUGAUGGAUAACCUUGUAUUAGGGUUUGAUGAGGGUGUUCAGGUUGGGAUGCCAAAUGAGGAGUUUGAAAGGAUACAGCAGGCUUCUGACAUCAGUCUCGAAGCACCUUUUGACAAUUCACACAAUGAUGGCAAAGUCCUUCAACAUGUUGACGAUACCUCUCAGGUAAAUCUCAAUAGUUCUUCUACUUUAUUCCAGGAAUCAGAAAAGCAACCUCCAAAUGUUGCAUCUGAUAGUUUGGGUAAUGUGGAAGCUUCUAUUGGCUUCUCUGCCAAUCAUAGUACACCAUCUUCAGUUAUUAUUGGCCCACACUACACAUCUUCGGGUCAAAUUGUUACGUCUGCUGCUCCAGGUCAAGCUGAGUUACCCAUUAAGCUUCAAUUUGGUCUUUUUUCUGGUCCAUCAUUGAUACCCUCUCCAGUACCAGCCAUACAAAUAGGUUCUAUACAGAUGCCACUUCAUCUGCAUCCGCAGGUUGGUGCUCCCCUCACUCAUCACAUGCACCCAUCACAACCUCCUUUAUUUCAAUUUGGCCAGCUUAGGUAUUCAUCUCCUGUAUCACAAGGGAUGAUGCCUCUAGGUCCUCAAUCAAUGUCGUUUGUUCAGCCUAAUAUCCCAUCUGGUUUCCCUUUUAAUCAUAACUCUGGAAGCCAAAUGCCAGUUCAAAGUGGUCCAGUAUCUUCUGAGCCGUUUAUUAAAAAUGAUAUCAGGCAUCAGUCUGUUCUUGGCCAACCAGGUAAUUCAAGAAGUUUAUCUCAUGGUUCACUGCCAAGUGAAAAUGCAGAAAAUUUGGCUGGAAUAAAGCAGGGACAAAUUAAUGCUCCUCCCCGUGAUGUUAAUAAUAGCUCAAGGACUGCUUCUAGUUUCCAAUUGGACAAGCGUGGGAGCCAAAAUGUAGUUGGAAAGAGCAGCAGCACUUCAUCCAAUGCUAAACACUCAGAGGUUCAGCCUCAUAAAGAUGCACUUCUUCAUUCAGUUUCAGAAGAGAAAGAUUUAAUGGAGUCAAAAGCACGGUUUCCUGUAUCUGGUGGUAGAGGACAGAGAUAUGUCUAUACAGUAAAAACUUCAAGCUCAAAAUCAUCAGCUCCAGGUCCAGGCACAGGUCCAGCUCCCAGGGUUAAUCGAGCAGACUCCAGAGGAUUUAUGAGGAGGCCUAAUAGGAAUACACAACGCACCGAGUUCCGAGUUCGGGAAAGUGCGGAUAAGAGGCAGCCUACAAAUUCUUUUCCAACUGAUCAUUUUGGGUUGGACCAUCAGUCAAAUGCCACUGGAAGGGGAAUUGGCAUGUCUGGAAGAACUGGAUCUAGGAAGUCUUUCACCAAUAAAAUGGGAAAACAGCCAAUAGAAUCAAUGGGAGAAAGUUCACAUGGCAUGGAUUCUGGAAGCAGAGCUGAGAGGGUUGAAGGAAAAGAAUCAACUAAGGCUCAGAGCAUUUCACAUUCUGGGCAGAGUAAUCUCAAAAGAAACUUGUGUUCUGAGGAAGAUGUUGAUGCUCCAUUACAAAGUGGAAUUAUACGUGUGUUUGAGCAACCUGGAAUUGAAGCUCCCAGUGAUGAAGAUGACUUCAUAGAGGUCAGGUCAAAGAGGCAAAUGAUAAAUGAUAGGCGGGAGCAAAGAGAGAAAGAAAUCAAGGCUAAAUCUCGUGUUGCAAAGCUGCCACGGAAAACCCGUUCCGCCACACAAAGUACCGUGACCAUGGCCAAUUCAAGCAAAGGAUCCAUUUCUACCGGAGAAGUGUCUGCUGCUGCUGAUGGGCACCGGAUGACAAAGAGUGAUUCCUCAUCUGGAUAUAAUUCAAACUUACUGUCCCAGGCACUACCUCCUAUAGGCACGCCUACUACGAAAAUUGAUGCCCAGCCUGAUCUAAGAUCUCAAACUAACAGAUCACUUCAUACAAGCCUCCCAUCAGUUUCUGGUCGUGAAAGCAAGAACAAGGUCCAUGAAAAUGUUCAGACAUCUUUGGGCUCUUGGGGCAAUGUGCAAAUUAGCCAGCAGGUCAUGGCGCUGACACAGACACAACUCGACGAGGCUAUGAAUCCUCAGCAGUUUGAUUCACAGGCUUCUAGUGCCAAUAUGGCAGCUUCUGUUACUGAAACCAGCUUGCCAGCACCACCCGUUUUGACAAAAGAGAAAGCAUUCUCAUCUGCUGCCAGUCCAAUAAAUUCCUUGCUUGCUGGAGAGAAAAUUCAAUUUGGUGCAGUGACAUCUCCAACUGUUCUUCCUCCUAGCAGUCGUGGUGUGUCUCAUGGUAUUGGCCCCCCUCGAUCAUCUAGAUCAGACUUGCAAAUAUCCCACAACCUUGCUGGAUCGGACAGUAAUUGCAGUCUUUUCUUUGAGAAAGGUAAGCAUGGUAAUGAAUCUCACGGCCAUUUAGAAGAUUGUGAUGCGGAAGCUGAAGCCGAAGCAGCUGCUUCUGCUGUUGCUGUUGCUGCCAUUGGUAGUGAUGAAACUGUUGGAAAUAGGUUGGGUACUAGUUCUGUCUCAGUUUCAGAUGCUAAAAGUUUUGUAGCUGAAGAUAUUGAUAGGGUAGUAGCAGCAGGAGUAGGUCGUGAGCAACAAUCUGCUAGCCAAUCUAGAUCUGAGGAACCUCUUAGUGUAUCUCUUCCUGCUGAUUUAUCUGUUGAGACACCACCAAUUUCCUUGUGGCCUGCUUUACCAAAUUCUCAGAAUUCAUCAGGCCAGAUGAUCUCACAUUUUCCUGCUGUCCCUCCUCAUUUUCCUUCUGGCCCACCUUCUCAUUUUCCUUUCUAUGAAAUGAAUCCUAUGAUGGGUGGUCCUGUGUUUGCUUUUGGACCACAUGAUGAGUCUGCAUCUACAACACAGUCGCAACCUCAAAAAACUACCGCACCAACAUCAAGGCCAAUUGGGAGCUGGCAACAGGGUCAUUCUGGCGUGGAAUCCUUUUAUGGUCCUCCAACAGGAUUUACUGGACCUUUUAUUGCUCCGCCUGGAGGCAUUCCAGGAGUCCAAGGGCCUCCACACAUGGUUGUUUAUAACCAUUUUGCACCUGUUGGACAAUUUGGUCAAGUUGGCUUGAGUUUCAUGGGCACGACUUAUAUCCCCUCUGGAAAGCAGCCUGACUGGAAACACAUCCCUACAACUUCUGCAGCAGGGACUAGUGAAGGGGAUAUGAACAAUAUGAAUAUGACAUCUCAGAGGAAUCCUGCUAGCAUGCCUUCUCAAAUUCAACAUCUUGCUCCUGGUUCACCACUUUUGCCAAUGGCAUCUCCAGUGGCUAUGUAUGAUGUUUCUCCUUUUCAGCAUUCUACUGAGAUGUCAGUGCAAGCUCGAUGGCCACAUGUUCCUAAUGCACCACUUUCAUCUAUUCCACCAUCAAUGCCGUUGCAUCAACAAGAAAGUGUUCAAACUUCUCAGAUGAGCCAUGGCCCUUCGGUUGACCAGUCACUAAAUGUCAAAAGAUUUACUGGUUCUCGGACUUCAACAUCUUCUGACAGUGAUAGGAAUUUUUCUAGAGCAGCUGAUGUAAAUGUCAACCAAUUACCUGAAGAACUUGGAUUAGUGGAAACUUCAAAUUCCACUUCUUCUAAGACUUUGUCCAAGGGUAUUAUUAAUAAGACCCCAUCUGAGAAAACCAGUACAAAUGCUGCUGCCAAAGUUGAUGUUCAGAAUGGAAAUAGCAGCAAAAGUAAUAACCAGAAUGCAAGUUCUGGGUACAGGACUCAGCCCUCGCAACAAAUCAAUGUUUCUUCCCAGCAGCAGCAUUAUGAUCAUUCCUCGGGACACAGUAAUUAUCAGAGAGGAGGUGGUGGUGUUUCUCAGAGAAAUAGUUCUGGCGGUGAAUGGUCCCAUCGUAGAUACCAUGGAAGAAACCAAUCUUUGGGUGGGGAUAAGAACUUUUCCUCGGCAAAGGUCAAACAAAUUUAUGUGGCAAAGCAGACUAUUAGUGGGUCAUCUACAGUGUCAUAAGUCGUGCACAGCCAAUAACUGCUGGAUUUUAAGGGAAAAAAAUGGAAAUCUUUGUUGUUAAUUAUUGGUCCGGCGGAAAUAAAAUUUUGAUUAGCUUUUGGUUAGGGCAGGUUGAGUGUUAGAUUGAGAUUUUUGCUGGCUACAACUGAUUAUAUACCGGUCUUCUUGAUAAAGGCCGUGGAAGGGUUUGAUAGCACUGUCAUUGUUGUCACUAUGUCAUUUUGCAAUAGCAAUCAAGCUUGGACAAUCUUCCUUUGGUUUUGUUUUGACAGGAAAAAAACAUAGUUAUUUAUUGGGUUUUGGGUAUGGGAAUCAUUAAUUAGUGAUGUCUUUAUAUAUUUUUAACAUUAUUAUAAGUAUCAGUUUUGGCAA